UUCGCUUCAUUCAUUCCUCUCCUCAGCAACCAAGCCUUCAUAUUUUAUUUUAUUUCUCUAUCAAACGCAAAGUAUCAUAGCUCCGAUGAUUGAAGACAGUAUCAAUUCCAGUCUCGGGUGGAUGUCGUCUCUCGACAUUGAUAAUCAGCCUAAUAACACUCGCAAGACGUCCAUCAUUUGUACCAUUGGUCCAAAAACCAACUCGGUCGAGAUGAUUACCAAGUUACGUGAAGUUGGAAUGAACAUUGUCCGCAUGAAUUUUUCCCACGGAUCAUAUGAGUACCACCAAUCCGUCAUUGACAACACUCGUAAAAGUUGUGCCGAACACCCUGGUCGCCCCAUUGGCAUUGCCUUGGAUACUAAGGGUCCAGAGAUCCGUACAGGAUUGAUGAAGGAUGAUGUUGAAGUCCCCAUUACUGCUGGUCAUAGGAUGGUUUUCUCUACCGAUAGCAAAUAUGCUGAAUGCUGCACAGGAGAGGUGAUGUACAUCGACUACAAGAAUUUGACCAAAGUGAUCGUUCCUGGAAAAGUGAUCUAUGUCGAUGAUGGUGUCUUGUCCUUCAGAGUCUUGACCGUUGAGGAGGAUCAUAUCACUGUCGAGGCCAUCAAUAAUGGAAAGCUGUGCUCUCGAAAGGGUGUAAACUUACCCAAGACCGAUGUAGAUUUACCCGCACUCUCGGAGAAGGAUAAACAAGAUCUCAUGUUUGGUGUAAAGAACAACGUCGAUAUUAUUUUUGCAUCCUUCAUCCGUCGUGCAGACGAUGUUCUGGAGAUCCGUAAGGUUUUGGGUGAGCAAGGGAAGCACAUUCGGAUUAUCAGCAAAAUUGAGAACCAUCAAGGAGUCAAGAACUUUGGUGAGAUCUUGGAAGUGACAGACGGUGUAAUGGUCGCCCGUGGCGAUCUUGGAAUCGAGAUUCCUUGUGCUCAGGUCUUUAUUGCUCAAAAGAUGAUGAUCUCCAAGUGUAACUUGGCAGGCAAGCCUGUCAUUUGUGCAACCCAGAUGUUGGAAUCUAUGACCUAUAAUCCACGUCCAACUCGUGCAGAGGUCUCUGACGUUGCAAAUGCUGUCUUAGACGGAGCUGACUGCGUCAUGCUCUCUGGAGAGACUGCCAAGGGCUCAUAUCCACUCGAGGCUGUCCAUACUAUGCAUGAGACUUGUAUCUUAGCAGAGUCUACGAUCUGUUACCCACCACUGUUUAACGAGCUGCGUAUGCUUCAGAAGCGUCCCAUUGAGACCACAGAGACUGUGGCUUCAUCAGCUGUCUCUGCUGCCCAUGAGCAGAAUGCAGGAGCAAUUGUUGUGCUUUCUACUUCGGGUGACACUGCUCGCUUGGUCUCCAAGUAUCGUCCACAGGCUAAUAUCAUCAUCGUGACACGUAAAGCAACAACUGCACGCGCCAUUCAUCUUUCCCGUGGAUGCUAUCCAUUUCUCUAUACGGAGCCCAAGGUUGCAGAUUGGCAAGAGGAUGUCGACAAACGAUUACGGUGGGGUAUGAAUCAGGCCAUCCAGGUUGGCCUAUUGAAGCCCGGAGAGUCUGUCAUUGUCAUCCAAGGAUUCCGUUCUGGAUAUGGAAAUACCAACACAAUGCGCAUUAUUGUUGCUUAGAUGAGAG